GAAAUACUGUCCUAGUGCUGCGCGUUCCCGAGCCCUUGCGUGGUGACGUUCUUUUGUGAACGCGGACAAGUUCGAUAGAAUGUCAAUGGUCUCGGCAGGCUGGAGUAGAACAUGAGGGAGGUUUUUUAGUCAAAAACAACCAAUGCAAAAAUGUCGAUGAAACUAGCGGUCAGUGGAAUAUUAAUAAGUGCGGGAAGAGUGAUUCCCUGUAAAACGUUAUACACUAGUUACGACAGCAACUUUGUGUACACAGCGCAGCUGAGAAUUAAUAGUAGAUCAUGCUGCAGAGUUGUUAGUGGACAAGGCCUGGAAGUUGUUGCUGUUAUUCGUGACCUUCCACCGGCAUUUCGAAACUGUAAAUGCUGUGCGCAGUCUGGACACGUUGGACCUCGCAAAAAAAAAGACCAAGUUGCUUGCAAUUACUGGAACUGUACAGCCGAGGAACCGCGAGACUGUUCUGCCACGUUCAGUUUGAGAACCAAACGGGGAUUCACAUUCAACAAGUGCAGUGGUGAUCACAGCAACAGUAGGUUGUGGUGCAAAACAAGCAUUCCUGGAUUUACUGCACUUUCAGUAUUUAACCACGGCUGUUUAGUUAGAGAACUCAGCACAUCAACAGUAUCCUUGCAGUAUGACUUGAGAAAAGUGGAAAGAUCCCCAUCAGGGAGCAGGAAGUUUUAUUUUGAUACUCAUGCAGUGGUUUGCCUUCUGGAAGAGAAUGGGUUCACCACUCCACAGGCGGAAGUCAUUGUGGCUGCUUUAGUAAAAAUCAUGAACUCCAGUAUGGAACUGGUUUACAAAGACAUGGUCACCAAAGUCCAACAGGAGAUCAUGCUUCAGCAGGUAAUGUCCCAAAUAGCGUCUGUUAAAAAGGAGAUGAUUAUCCUGGAAAAAAGCGAGUUCACGGCAUUGCGGACUGAAAAUGAGAAAGUGAAGAUUGAGUUACAACAGCUGAAGAUACAUUUAACUGAUGAGAUGAACAAAAUACGUUCAGACAUCAAACUGGAUAUGAAUUUAGAAAAGAGCAGAAUCAAAGAAAUGUAUGCUGAACAUGAAAGGAAGCUUUUAGAGACUAGAAGUGAAAUAGUAGAACUGAAUGCCCACCAGGACCGUGCAGUGACCCAGACAAACAGGAAAAUAGACACAGAAGUAGCAGGUCUGAAAACAAUGUUGGAAUCUCAUAAACUUGACACCAUCAAAUACCUUGCAGGUUCGGUUUUUACUGGUCUGACGAUAACACUUGGAUUUUAUCGUCUCUGGAUGUGAGGGUCCUUCCUGCCUGCUAAUUAUAAUUAAAUAGCUUUAAAAGAGAUCACUCUGGAUUUGUGAUACAUAUCUAUAGUAAUUUGCCAUCACAUUCCUAUUUAUGCCACUAUUGCCUCUGCGCUGAAUUCAUGCACUUUUAAAUUCAACUGAAUAACCUAUAUACUAAGAUUAUAUUAGCUUGAUUUUCUUACAAUACAGUGCAAUGUUCUUUGGUGUAUUUUAUUGUUCAUUUCAUAAAAAUUCAACUGCA